GAGGUCAAAUUUGAACUCAGGUCCUCCUGACUUCAGGGCCAUGCUCUAUCCACUGUGCUACCUAGCUCCCCCUUUAUGAUGCUUUUGAUUCCAAAAAGGAGUAACAAGGUUGUGCAUUUCCUUUAGUGCAGAGCUAGAGUACACGUGUUUGGGAAGGGGCUACAGCACAUGUUCACAUUUAAGGGAAGUGCUACAUCUAUAAUACAACCUUUUGGGAAUUCAUUCAUUUAACAAGCAUUUGUUAAGCUGCUUCUAUGUAGCUGACACACUGCUAAGUUCUGGAAAUACAGUGAAAUAAACAAAAAAUCUUCUGUCCUCUGGGAGCUCACAGUUUACUGGGUAGAAAGAACAGGCACACAGAUAAGUAUACAAAAAAUGCAUGUAAUUAAGUACAAAGUAGUUUCAUGGGGAAAGGUACUAAGGACUUGUAGGACCAAGAAAAGUCUUGUGUAGAGUUGGCAGUCUAGGUCAGACAGAGGGUGGUAAAAUCUAAAGCAGACUAGCAAGGAUAUGUCACGAAGUCUGAUUAUCCUGGAACUGUGACUAAGAAGCUGUAUGAGCUAGUCAUUUGCCCUCUCUAGGCCUCAGUUUACUGAGAGAGUUGGAAUGGAUUAGUCAGUGUCAGCAGGAGCAGUAGUAGAUGGGUGUAACAACUUACUGUCUUUCUAUUCAGGCCUUGUUGGGCUUUCUGAAGGGUGCUGAGGUUCUGGCAGGGCAGUGCCUAUUAUUUCAUCUCUGAUGAAAAAUAUCUGGGUCUACUUUCUGCUCUUUAGGAGGCUCAACUCUUUGUCUUUAAAGAACAUUAUUAAUUUUCAUUUCUGUUCUUGGAGGGAAGAUGAAUUUAGUGAUUCACAAAGACUGUCCCCCAUCCUCCCUCUCUUAUUUUUUCAGGGAUUGGUGAAUAUAGUCAAGACCUAUCAAAAGAAAUAUGAUGCAUCCAGCCUGGGAAUGCCGACAGAGCUGAGGCUCAUCCUCGUAGGGAAGACAGGAAGUGGGAAGAGUGCAACUGGAAAUAGCAUCCUUGGCAAGAAAGCCUUUAAAUCUAAGCUUAGUUCCAGGCCAGUGACUGAGAGCUGCCAAAGAGAGAGCAGGGAAUGGCAUGGAAGAACACUUGUUGUCAUUGACACCCCAGAUAUCUUUUCCUCCAGUACCAAAACAAAUAGAGAUCUAGAGAUCUGUCACUGCAUGGCCCUCUCUUCCCCAGGGCUAGGUGCACUGCUCUUGGUGAUGCAGUUGGGCCGUUACACCAGUGAGGACAAGGAGUCCCUCAGGCGCAUCCAGGAGAUAUUUGGAGUGAGAAUCUUGUCUCACACCAUCCUUGUUUUCACCAGGAAAGAAGAUUUAGGGAAGGAAACCCUGAAGGAAUACUUAAAAACAAAGAACAAAAGCUUGGCCUGGCUGAAUGAGGAGUGUGAAGGAUUUCACCAUGGUUUCAACAACAAAAUUGAAGGAGAGGGACAAGAGGCCCAGCUAAAGGAACUGAUGGAGAUGAUAGAAGGGGUUGUCAGGAAAAAUAACUUGUGCUGCUACUCAAAUGAGGUGUAUGACUAUGUCCAGGAAAAUAUUCAGCAGUUAAGAGAGGAGCUGGGAGAAGAGCCAAUAGGCCAGGGGCAGGGUUCUAAGGGAGCUUUCUGUAAAGAGAAUAUGGCAUCAGAGGAGUUAGAUCAGACCUGCUCUGCACUAGAAAGUCUGAUGACCACUCAGAGGAAAUAUGAACAGAAUCAAGAAUCAGUGCUGAAGAAGGAGUCUCAGAACCCUGGCAACUCAUAUUGGGGUGCUCUCAGGGCGAGUUUUCUUGUCAGAUUCCUUUUUAGUCUUCUACUGUCUCCUCUGUCAGCCAUGGCCUGGUUGACUGGACUCAGGCACAUGAUAGGGAGAAUGGAAGCCAAAGAUAGGAAUCUGAAAGCUCCAACCGCCAAUCCUAACUCUUUCUUACUCUUAGAAGAAAUGGUCGACUACCAGUCCCUUGGACAAACUCUGGAGAAAGGAAUACAGAAGAUGAAGAAAUCAAACGAUGGCGAUGUUGAUGUGGAAAGCUGUGACAUCCGUCAAAGCACUGAGCCAUUGAGGAUCAUCCUGGUGGGAAAAACAGGAGCUGGGAGAAGUGCUACAGGAAAUACUCUUCUUGGGCAGAGAAUAUUUGAGUCCAAGCUAGGAUCCCAGGCAGUGACUAAGAAGUGUCAGCUGGAAACUGGGAUGUGGAAUGGGAGAAGAAUAUCAGUGAUUGACACUCCUGCCAUCUGUGAGCCAAGUGCCUGGACGGAACCGAUGUAUGCGGAUAUUGGGGAGUGUUAUCUUCUCUCUUCCCCAGGUCCCCAUGCACUAGUCUUGGUGACUCAGAUUGGCCGCUACACUGCAAAAGAUAAGGAGGCAAUGAGGAAGGUGAAAAAAAUCUUUGGAGUAGAAGCCAUGAGGCAUGUAGUUAUGCUCUUUACCCGGAAAGAAGAUUUAGGGGGAUCUUUAGAGGAUUAUGUAACAAAUACUGAUAACAUAGACCUACAGUGGGCGAUCCGAGAGUGUGGCAGGAGAUGCUGUGCCUUCAACAACCAGGCCACUGGGGAAGAACAGAGGGCUCAGGUGGCCGAGCUGAUGAUUAUGAUUCAGAGGAUGGAGGAAGAGAAUGGAGGCAAUUAUUACAGCAAUGCCCUUUACCUUGAUGCUGAGAUCUUUCAGAGAUUUAACAAUACAGGGUCUGAAGAAAGCUACCAAAACUACCUGCAAAAAGUGAAAUUCCAAAUCAAAAAGCAGACAUUGGACCUAAUAGAGGCUGAGGGUAACUGUAUUGUCCAGGCAUUUUUGAGGGCCCAAAAAGAGGUUUCUUCCCAGAACAAAAUCCACUUAUGUCUUUUGUUCUUUGCCUUGGUUUUUAUUAUCAUCAUAGUUGCCAUAUUGACUUCUCAAAAAGCCUGAUUAGUAAUUAUUGGAGGAGGUCCUUCUCAGUGUCUCUAUCAUGGAAUUUUUUCUAAAUGGGUUUCCCUAAUUUUUGAAAACAUAUAUGGCUCUUAACUCCUAUCCUUCUGAAGAAUACUUGGCAAAGAGAAUCUAAAAGAAGUCAAUAGUUUUCUCACUUCUUUUCAUAAGAAUUAGGAAAUUAAAUGAUAGUUUUGAUAUCUGGUAGUGCUAGUAACAUGUUUGAGGGGAAGCUGUGAGCUACUUUGGGCAUCUAUGGUGACCUCUCUCCUAUUCUUUCUCUACAUCCCCUGCCUUGACAAUGCCACCCACUCCCAUGAUUUUAAUAAUCUUCUCUGUGUAGAUAACUCCCUCUUCUAGAUCUCUAGCUCAAACUCUCCAGAGCUCUAGACCUACAUUUGCUGUUUUCCAUAGCACAUUUCUAGCUGUAUGUCUUGCCAGUAAUGCAAACUCGUCAU